CAGUCCAUCGACCGAUUGGACUCGCCCGUCGCUUUUAUUUAGUGUAUUGAGGAACGCAAGACACUACAAAAACCAUACCAAUUAUGACUUAAAAUUUCUAAGGAAUUAGUCAGGGUAUUACUAAUACUCCGUUUUAAGCUUACAAAAUAAAAUUAGAAGUCCUUUCCAUAUCGAGUUUACUGUGAGUGACCUUAUUCGUGUUUAUUUAUGUUUGGUGAGCGGGUACCUUUGUGUGUUUAUUUUGCAAACAACAAGUUUACCCUAGCGAAGGAAAUUGUUCAAUGUGCAUAAACAUGUUCGGAGUGCGGUGCUAGAAGUGUUAUGUUGUGGAGGCGCUGAGAGCGGCUCGGCGGCGCGAUGUGGGUGCUGGUUCUGUGCGUGGUGCUGGGCGGGCGGGCGGCCGCGGCGCAGUCGUGGCUAAACAACAUCACGGAGCACCUGCGCGAGGGCACGUCCAGCGUGCUGCAGAUGGCGCCCGUGAACUACUCGCAGCCGCAGCUCAAUGCGACGUACGCGGCGCACGUCGACUUCGACAUGCGGGCCAUGGGCCACCUGUACAACUCUACGCACGCCGUCAUCGACGCCAUUGCCAACAAGCAGGCCUACCCGGAGGGGGUGGUGGCGGUGUCGGACGGACACGUUGAGUUCGCGUCGGCGCGCGACGAGUGGCGCACGCUGCUGGCGCACUACGCGGGCCCCGCCGCCGUGGUGCUGGUGCUGGCGCUGCUGGUCGCCGUGUUGCCGCUGGCGGGGUUGUUCUGGUGCUGCUGCCAGUGGUGCCGCGUGGGGCGGCGGCGACGGCCCUUCGACCGCAAGUACGACGCCUGCCUCAAGGGCGUGCUGGCCGUCGUGUUCAUCGCGCUGCUGACGCUGUUCCUGUUCGGCGUGGUGUGCGCCUUCGCCACCGACUCGCAGCUGGAGAGCGGCGCGGCGGCGGCGCCGGGCGCGCUGCGCGCCGGCCUGCGCGACGCGCGCACGUUCCUCAACAGCACGCAGGCGCACGCGCGCCACCUGCUGGUGGACAACUACCGCGAGCUGGAGGCGCAGCUGGACGCCACGCUCACGUCCAGCGGCCAGUUCGUGCUGCGCCAGCUGGACGAGUUCACGAGCGCCACGUCCGUGCAGAAGCUGAGCCACAUGGCGGAGCAGCUGGAGCGCGUGCCGGCGCGCCUGCGCGACGUGCAGCGCGCCACGGUGGAGCUGCGCAGCAAGGCGGACGAGCUCAACACGGGUCUGCGGCAGGUGAAGACGCAGCUGCUGCGCACGCUGGCGCGCUGCCAGGAGCCGCAGUGCGUGCAGCUGCAGGAGAAGUACCAGAUCGGCCAGCUCGACACCGACAUACAGUACGACAAGAUGCUCGACAAGUAUUUCCCGACGAUCCCGGACGUGUCGGAGCUGCUGCACAACGUGACGCAGCUGGUGGACGGCGCCAUGCGCGCCGAGGUGUCGGCCGGCCUGCAAGUGUUCUCGGGCAUCAAGCGCACCGUGGACCAGCACAUCCCGCGCGUGCGCGACGCCAUCACGGCCACAGGCCAGCGGCUGGCGCGCGUGGCGGACGACGUGUCGUGGGCGGCCGGCAACGCCAGCGAGCGCCUGCGCGACAGCGGCGCGCCCGAGCGCCUGCAGGAGCUGCUGCGGCGCUACGGGCCCUACCGCAAGCACGCCACGCGCGCCGCGGCCGCCGCGCUGCUCGCGAUCGUGUGCCUGAUGACGUGGGGGCUGCUGUGCGGCGUGUGCGGCAAGCGGCCCGACGCGUACGGCGCCAGCGACUGCUGCAACAAGGGCUCGGGCGCCUCGUGCCUCAUGUGCGGCACGGGCGCCACGUUCCUGCUGGGCGGCGGCAUCGCGCUGCUGCUGCUGCUGUACUUCGUGCUGGGCGUGGGCCUGCAGCGCCUCGUGUGCGACCCGCUCACCGAGCCGCGCGGCAGCCGCGUGUUCGGCGACGUGGAGCGCUUCGUGGAGCUGGAGCGCGUGCUGUUCAACGAGCGCGCCGACCCCGACUUCAACAUCACCUCCGUGCUCGUGGACUGCCACCGCAACCGCACCAUCUAUGAGGCGCUGCAGCUGCACCGGCGCUACGACCUGGCGGCGCUGCGCGCGCAGGUGGCGGGCGAGGUGCGCGCGCGCGUGGCGGCGCUGCGCACGGACUACCCGCCGCGCGGCCGCCCGCUGCGCAUCCUGGCGCCCGCCGCGCGCCGCAAGCUGGACCUGCUGGCCGCCAGCGGCCUGUCCGACUUCAACUUCGACCGCAUCCUCUACGCCCUGGAGACCAACAUGACGUCGCUGUCGCUGGACGGGCUGGCGGCGCAGCUGCGCAGCACGGCGCGCGCGCUGGCCCCGCGCGGCGGCUUCGCGGAGGUGGCCGACAGCCUGGCGCGCGCCGCCCUGCGCCUCGCCGCGCUGCACGACGACGUGGUGCGCCCCAUGCUGGACCGCGUGGCGCAGCUCAACGCCACGGCGUCCGAGCUGCGCGACGUGCUGCGCUUCGACCAGUCGUCGCUGAAGGAGGCCAUCAACUCGCGCAUCCGCGACACCACCGAGGUGGAGCUGUUCCUCAACACGCAGGGGCCCGACCUGGUGCAGAACCUCACGCGCGAGUUCGCGGAGGCCAUGGGCGCGCGCCUGCAGGAGUACCUGCAGCGCGUGCUGGGCGCCGCGCGCACGCACGUGGGCGCGUGCGCGCCGCUGUCGCACGCCUUCAACGCCACGCGCGACUCCGCCUGCCGCGCCGUGCUCAUGCCCGCCAAUGGCUUCUGGAUAGCGGUGUCGUGGUGCGUGGUGCUGUUUCUGCCGCUGUUGGUGGUGGCGCAGAAGCUGGCGCGGCUGUACCGCCACCCCGACCCCUACCCCGGGCCGCUGGUCGAGGCCGAGUAUUUGUAUGACGCGUACGCGGACCGCGAUAACGUACCCCUCGCCAAUGCUUACAAGGCCGAGAAGCGCGGCGCCGGCGGCAGCGGGGCGCGGCGCGCGGCGCGGGGGGAGGAGGGCGCGAGCGUGGCGCCGCCUGUCGACGCACACCACGCGCGCAGAUAUAAUGAUAUGGCGCCAAAGCACUGGGAAGAAGGACCGCCCCGCUACCACGGGCCUACGGAGUACGAGCGCCCUCCGCCAUACUACUAUCCCGGACCCGCUGAUAGACAGUAAACUGGCGCUCACGGAACUGGACGACGACUUUCUGAAGUACUGAAACAUACACCACUCUACCGCCAACAGAUCAUUCACAAUCACCGGAAGAACGUAUUUUAACUAGGUCCUUGUUGGACCAUUCUGAAUAGCUCCAUUAUGCGUCUAGGCACUCAUGAUAACAGAUAAGGCCGAGGCAAACUGCCAGUGGCCAAGCUUUUUCUCAUACAAUGCGACCAAAGACAAUUAUUUCACGCUGGUAGAAGCAAUCGCUUUAACAGAAUAAUUUCCACAUAUGUGAGAAGAGGUUUAUCUGUCCCUUGUAUACUAUACAUGAAACAUCUCAUGAGCCGUGCCGUAAUUAAAUUAUUAUAGUCUAUAGAAAUAGAGGAAGGAAAAUACAAAAAACAAAAAAAAAAUAUUUUUCUAGAAUAAUUAACAAAUAGGAUCCUCUAUGCGUAAUUUCCGGCCCUUGUAUGCCAUACAGUUAGUUAACGUUAAGAUAAGAAAUGGAAGAAUGGUACAGAUAGGAGCCACAGUGGUGGUGUAGUUCGGUUCUCAGUCACGGUAACUGCCAUAUUUCGACUGUCUCAUAGUUUACUCUUAUAGUGAUUUUUAUAUCUUCGCCGGGCGGCUCCUAUCGAACAUAAGGCCAGUAAUGACAUUGAAAUCAUUUCGUGACGUUCAUUCUUAUAAAAUAAUUCCCAAAAUUGAAUGACACAAGUAGCCCGAAAAGGAUACCAGUUGACCCAGCAACACGCCAUAAAAUCAAGGAAAUGAAUUGCGUUUGUGAAAUCUGUUACGCAAAAGUUUGCUACAAAAUAUUCAAUGUAAAGUCUUUACGAGGCACCCUAAAAAAAGGUAGAUACGUUAAAUCCCUUCCAAAAUUAACCCGUUAAAAUCUGGAUAAGCCAACCAGAAGAAUAAAUUCGUUCUUUCAUUAUAUGCAGUAAUUGUCUCUUUCAUUCUGUAGAAGAGACUGCCUACUUGCACCAUUUGUGUCAGUGCUAAAUAACAUAGUAUGGCUUUCCAAUAUUAACUAUUAUUGAGAGUUGCUACCGUUUCUCAACUUAAAGAUUUAUCUAAAAUGUCUUUAAUCUGCCUCUUUUUAUUUCCACUUAUAUGGUUUUCUAGUAAAUCUUGUGAGGUUCCUCGAAUGACUUUAUUUCUUUUAUUGUAGUGCUGAGAUGUGUUCGACCGGAGCCGUUCUGGUGGCUCAAGGUUUAUAUUAUUAUAUAUUAUUACGUGGUAGUAUUUCGUGUUUUAAAUGAUUUCCGAGAUGGAAUGUUUUACGUUCGUGAUCGCGGGCGCCCGCACAAAUACACGGGGAUCUGAGAGAUUCGUGUAUUAGCAUAUUGAUCUAGCGUAAGUGAGUCUGUUCUCACACGGGGGCAAUUGGAUCCCUUUAUAACUCUUGACGGAAGUGAUCGCAUUGGCAUAUACAUUUUGAGUGCCAGUGCAAUUGGUGGACAACACAUUCUUUCAACGUAUCGUUAGUUGUAAACAUCAAAUUAUUUAACUAUGGAGUCUCGUUGUUUAUGUACCAACGUCAUUACGUCGAAGUUUGAACUGUGUUCUUUAUUUAACAGUUUGUUAACUGGUCAUUAGUUCUUGGAUAAACAAUCUUCUAAAGUUAAGUCAUUAAAUAUAAUACGCAUUUUGCUUUGAUGUCUUCAGCUAAGCGUGCUAAAGUAUCCGUGUGAGAGUAGACCAAAUUGUGGUCGUUUUGUCUAUUUUUCGACUUCGAGCACUAUGAGUGAUAGGAAAGAAUUUAGUUGUAAAGGUUGUAGGGCGGCGACGGCUCCGGACUCUGAGCUGUAGCGCACGGGUCGCUUGCAACAGGCGCUUUGUAGUUACAGACGAUGGACGCUCCUGUUUGACUUUUUUAUACAAAGUCCCUAACAAAUGAGGAGCGUGCGCGGCGGGAGCGCUUUGGCGGGAGCGAAGCGGUGCGGUUCCUGGUCAUUUUGCCAUUCGUCUUUUCAAUGAAGUCCUAAAAGAUUAUUUUUGAUCCAUAAUGGUUUCCUCAUCACUUAUCACUUAUCUCUGAAUAAGUACUUAGGUACUUAUGAUUCGUAUUUCGAAAGUAGUUGAACCGCGCUGCUUCGCUUGGCAAUAGGUUCACCGUCGACUUAGUAUAAGACAAGAGUCCGUGGCGAGUGAUGUGAGGACAGAGUGGUGCGAAACGAUAAUCUCGUUCGGUUGAACAUAACGUUUUCGAGAUUCUAAUUGCAUUUAUAUUGUGAACUUAGUAUUACGGAAUUUACUCUCAGUGUAACGUAGUACGUAAGCUUAAGGGAUUGUCGCGCGAGGCGACGCCACGCGCGCAGCUAGGUCCUGGCCUUAUUCGCUAUGACGCGUUACGUUGUAGACGUAAAUUUUUACAGUUCAUGUACGACGAAGUGUCAAAUUUUACGUUUCGAUUUUAAUGUCAUAGAGAAUGAGUACUCUUAGUAAGAAAUUUCAAACAAGAGAAAAUUGUUUUAGUGUAUCGAAUGACGUCACACUAAAUUUAUCUAAAGCUGGUUGUUUUGAAGCUCGACCAUUAAAUUCUCAGAUGCCGCUGACUAAGUAUAUACUUGAUAGUAUAUACAAAAUGUACGUAAAAACGUAGGUUGCGGGAAGUGCGGCUGUCUGCCUUUGUUAGUUUAAUACGUAUGGUGGCACGUAAUGUGAAACUUCUAAGCCUUAGGUAAAUUUUUACUGUUUUAUUGUAUUGAUACUCAAAAACCAUCGGAACUUGUUUUACGAUCUCGUGCUAAAGCUGCCGGGCGUUGUAUGUAUCCGAAUAACUAUUACCUACUAGUAGGAACACAGUCUGUGUAUCAACUCAUUACUAAAUAUUUUAUUUUAUCCAUAUUAUUUUAUAAAAUCCACACCACACCUUCCCAACGCCCAGAUCGAUCUACAUAUUUGUAGAAUAAUGUAUAAUCGUAGAAGAAAACGAGAUGAGAUAUCUCAUCUCUUUCCUAAUUAGUCUCGAAGAUCGGGAGGGUGUGGUGGCAACUCAAGAAAUUCCGCGGACGAGUCCCUAUCUGCCAAUAUUUAGAAUAAUAAAAUACUCUAACAUGACGUCACAUCAAAACAUUGUCGAGUUAGUGCUAGUCUGUUACGUCACACUAACCAAUCUGUAUGUUAUUUUAGAUUAAUUGUGAUUAUUCGAUUAGUUAAUUAGUAAGUUUUAAUUGUUGACUCGAUAAGUGCAAAAUAUUGGUUUAAGAGAUGUGUCAUAUUGUGUUAGAAGUAAUGCCAAAUGACAUUGUGUUCGCGCCCCGGCCGCUAGCGGGUUCGGGCGCGCGAUGCGAUGGGAUCUUGCGGCGCGGUGGCGCCACGGACAUAACGCAAACAAAACAAAUCUAAAACUGCGAGCGGAAUAAUAGUCAAGUUUUACUAAGUAUUCCUACAUUAUUAAAUUUAAAAUUGAUUGAUGUUGAAGGAGAAGGGCGUAGUUGGACCCAGCUAUUUUGGAAACCGCUCGGACUCCGAUAUUGUUUAUUUAGUAUCUAUUAAUACUUUUUAAGUAGUGGAUCUAAAAUAAAAAAAAUUACAAAAAAAUUCUAAUGCAACAAUCGAUCGACUUUUUUUUAGGCUGGUUGAGUACUACAGGUAUUAAAACUUUUAUUCUUUAACGUGGAUCUUAUAUCGAGGUCCACAACUACAUGGGAACUCGCCAUUCUCCUUUUUACAUUUUAACAAUUAAAAGUAGCAAAUAUUUCGUAAAAUUAUUUGGGUUACUGUUCCAAAAAGUUACUACUUUUAAAUGUGUAAUUACGACGAAAUUAAAAUUGCCUUGAUGAGUAUAGAAACAUCGUUGCUGCAAAAAACUUGCGACGUUCUCUAAGUUCCGAUUACUUCCAGUUGCCUUUAUCUUGAAGAAAGGAAAUAUACUAUUUAGUUUCUUAUUACUUAUUAAAUUAAUUGAAACACUAUAUUCCGGAGAAAACCAAAGCGAAUCUCACAAAAUGAUGUGUUCUGUUUAUGUUAUGUUAACAAAUUUUAGUGGUGCUCAUUGGCGGUAAGAUUCUUAUUGCUUAGUUUUAUGCUGUGCGGGAUAACAUCUACGGGUUCCGUAGUCACCGUGCAGCUGUUAUGGAGGAAGAGCAGUAGAUAUGGUAUCGAAUUUAUUUACUCUUUAUCUUUAAAUACGUUUGUUGGACGGAGGUUACAUGUUCUGUUGGCAAAAUAUGACCUUGAUAACCGAUUAGUAUACGGAGCCUUGUAGGUUGGACACUGUCCAUGCAAGUAAGGAGAUAGCCGUUAAGGAACAACGUAGUCGCGACUUUCUGGGAUUGUUCGUGCCAGAUACAAAGCGCCCGAAGCCCGUCCCGGAAUGCAAUCUAGAAAGGUUUCAGAUGGUUCGUCAAGAUCAGCUCAACGGCUAAGCCCGGUGAAGCUAAUAAUCAAACAGAAUCAAAUUCUAUCUGUCUAUCGUAUAUCGUUCGGUAAUUUCAUACAUUUGAUUUUCUAACUGAUAUCUGAUUUUGGAACAUAAUUAAAUCUUUAAGAUCAGUGAGUUACUAAAAGAUAAUAUGUAUAAGUAAAAAUUGCGUGGAGAUUUUUGUUCAUUCCCCAGAAAUAACAUCGAAGCUAUAGUUUACGAGCCUAUAGAGGUAAUACGAACGCCAUUUGUAAUUCCAUUCUUUAUCUGCACGGAUAGUUCUGGAUCAAAGAGGCUUUCUAACAACAAUCAAGGGUUAAACCAAUGUACAAUACCCAAUUGGGCCCUGAUUCUGUAUGAUACUAAUGUCACAACUACUAAAGUUACGUUUGGUGAUAUCUUCGUACAAGAUUUACCGUACGUAGUGUCAAUGAUUGCAGUUUCCAAUGAAUUACGACUUAACGUCAUAUAGAUGUCGCCGCAUUGUCUAAUUGUUAUGACAAUCCGGAAUCUGGAAGUGUAUCCUCCGUCUAAUGUGACUCAACUGUCACAAACUUCUUGCCACCUGAUCUCUCGGUGGAAGUCUUCCUGUGUGUCUUCACGAGUUUUCGCUCAGUUUUCGUAGUAACUUCCGUCUGGCGAUCUUUACAUGAAAUGAAUUUAGGCUGCUCAAUAUAAAAAUUGUUCUGUUUGAAAUUUGGUGCUAACGAAGCAUCUUCAUAGGGUUAUUUAGUUUGAAUUACGAAAACUUUAUUGUAUUGUAUAUUUUUACUUUCGUGUUUAGCGAAAUUAGGUAUCAAUUGGCGUAUAUAUAAUAAUAUUAUGUCAUUUUAAUUCGAAACACGUUAAUAUUGAGACUGUGUUACAGACUGACAAUGUUGCCGCACGAUAAAGUUGACAGAGUAUCGAAAACUCAUUUGUAUUUGCUGUUUAACUAUUACUCGGGUCUAUCGAUUAAUCGAUUAUUGCAAGAGUUACAAAAAAGAGCAACUUAACCGCUCGGCAACUUUCUUAAAUGGUGUAUGAAUCUGUAUUGUACGUUGGAUAGCGAACUUAUUGGCACAUUUAAUUAUACUAUGAAUGUUUAGAAUUAUUUACUACGGUUCGUUACCCAAUUGACGUUUGCCUUGGUCAUUAAUUGCGCAAAUCUCCCGCAUGGCUGAGACGAUUGCGAUUUUGUACUUGUUAUAACACAUUUUACAACUAUAGAUUCAUCUAAAUAGACGUUGAUCUGAUUGUGUAUUUUGCGCAAUUACUUACCAGGUUCGUAAUGGCGUACGCAACGGGCAACAUUGCUGUUUAUUCGGAGCGGCCUUUUUCGCGAUGGCAUUGAAAUCGUUAAGUGAAAUCUAAACUAUUAUAUAAUAUGAUGAAUAUAUAUCAUAGCAAACAACCUUGAAAUGUUACUUUAUAAAAUUGAGUCACGUCUGCUCUUUUCACUAGAAAUCUUUCCUCUUAGAUUCCACGAUUGAACGUGUAUGUUCUAAAAAUGUAUCAUAUUUUAUGUGAUAGAUGGCAAAUAAAGUUGAGAUACGAUUUUAAAGUUGAAACGAAAGAAUGCCAAGUUGGAAUAUGCCAAAGUGAAUGUAUUGGCAGCAGCCACGUCGCCCCGCGCGAGCGUCAGGUGUAGUAGCGCCGGCGGUGCGCCGCAGGUCUGGUCUGUCUCGACGAUUGUAAAAUAAAUAUUUGAUUAUCUCCA